AUGAAUUUUCCGACGUUCCUCGCCUUUUUUUUGUUUCACCCGUUUCCAAAUUCGGCCGCCAAAAUUUAUCAAAACGCCACAGAGCUAUACAUCAGUGGAUUGACAGGCACUUUUAAGUACGAAACCCUGUCGGACUUCGCCGAUGUGAGUAAGCUCAAAAUUUUUGACAAUCGUGUUACGAAAAUCGAACCUGGGGCUGUUUGCUCGUCUCCUAGUGUCAAAAGUGUCGAGCUGAACUUUGCCGGGAAUUCUGAGGCUCCCACUUUGACUAACGAUGUCUUCAGGUUGUGCCAAUUCCAACUACAGCAGUUGUUCAUUAGGCUAGAUUUCGACAAUCCUUCUCAAAUCGAUAAAGAAGCUUUGAGAGAUUUGAAUUUACGUGAGUUGAGUCUCCAGUGUCACAAAGUAGGAAUUCUAGAUCAAGAUUUUUUAACUUUGAACACUUUGAAUUUAACACGACUGGUGUUAUCGAACUGCUAUAUCCACAAAAUCGAUAGACAUUUCUUCAGUCGAAUGGAGAAGUUAGAAGAGGUUGAAAUUAGUUACAAUAGAAACUUGACUCAUUUACCGAAGAACUUGUUUAUUAAAACACCAAAUCUGAAGAGGUUGUUUCUACAGCACAACAGUAUUAGAGAACUGGAAUGGGAUGAGUUCGCCGGACUCAAUUUUCUCCAAGAAUUAGAUCUGUCAGGAAACAGGCUGUCAGCAAUAAUGAAUUUUCCGACGUUCCUCGCCUUUUUUUUGUUUCACCCGUUUCCAAAUUCGGCCGCCAAAGUUUAUCAAAACGCCACAGAGCUAUACAUCAGUGGAUUGACAGGCACUUUUAAGUACGAAACCCUGUCGGACUUCGCCGAUGUGAGUAAGCUCAAAAUUUUUGACAAUCGUGUUACGAAAAUCGAACCUGGGGCUGUUUGCUCGUCUCCUAGUGUCAAAAGUGUCGAGCUGAACUUUGCCGGGAAUUCUGAGGCACCCACUUUGACUAACGACGUCUUCAGGUUGUGCCAAUUCCAACUACAACAGUUGUUCAUUAGGCUAGAUUUCGACAAUCCUUCUCAAAUCGAUAAAGAAGCUUUGAGAGAUUUGAAUUUACGUGAGUUGAGUCUCCAGUGUCACAAAGUAGGGAUUCUAGAUCAAGAUUUUUUAACUUUGAACAGUUUGAAUUUAACACGACUGGUGUUAUCGAACUGCUAUAUACACAAAAUCGAUAGACAUUUCUUCAGUCGAAUGGAGAAGUUAGAAGAGGUUGAAAUUAGUUACAAUAGAAACUUGACUCAUUUACCGAAGAACGUGUUUAUUAAAACACCAAAUCUGAAGAGGUUGUUUCUACAGUACAACAGAAUUAGAGAGCUGGAAUGGGAUGAGUUCGCCGGACUCAAUUUUCUCCAAGAAUUAGAUCUGUCAGGAAACAGGCUGUUUGAUGCUGACAAAAUUGCCACAAAUUUGCCAUACUUGAAAUUCCUUCAUAUUGAUCUCAAUCCACCAACUUGCAAGCAAAAAGAAGCAUUUGUCAACGAGUUGAAGACCAAUUUGACAAAUGUUGACGUGACUUAUAAGUUCGAUCCUGGUUAUUACGACUCGUGCGAAGAAGAAAUUUAA